GCCGCCCAAGAGGAGCUGGGGGAGGACGGUGGCCUGCGAGGCUCGCCGCAGACAACGCGGCGGCGAUGUCCGCGAGUCAGGCGGGUGCCGCGGCGGCAGCGGCGGGGCCUCGCGCGCGGCUGGGCGGCCUGGGGUUCGGCCUCCCUUCGGUUCCUAGGAAGCGCGCCGGCGGCCAGCUCGGGAGCAGCGGCAGCAGAGGCGAAGGCUGCGGCGCGUCUCUCUCCUCCCUGUCAGCCUAAGCCAGGGGAGGCCAGGCGACCGGGUGGCUGGAGGGGGGUCCGCUGCCCGAGAAUGGGAAUUCUCUUCACCAGGAUAUGGAGACUGUUCAAUCACCAGGAGCACAAAGUUAUCAUUGUUGGACUGGAUAAUGCAGGGAAAACCACCAUCCUUUACCAAUUUUCUAUGAAUGAAGUUGUACAUACAUCCCCUACAAUAGGAAGUAAUGUAGAAGAGAUAGUGAUUAAUAAUACACGAUUCCUAAUGUGGGAUAUUGGUGGCCAAGAAUCUCUCCGUUCUUCCUGGAACACUUACUAUACUAACACAGAGUUUGUAAUAGUUGUUGUGGACAGUACAGACAGAGAAAGGAUUUCUGUAACUAGAGAAGAACUCUAUAAAAUGUUAGCCCAUGAGGAUCUAAGGAAAGCUGGAUUGCUGAUUUUUGCUAAUAAACAAGAUGUUAAAGAAUGCAUGACUGUAGCAGAAAUCUCCCAGUUUCUGAAACUAACUUCCAUUAAAGAUCAUCAAUGGCAUAUCCAGGCAUGCUGUGCUCUUACUGGCGAGGGAUUAUGCCAAGGACUUGAGUGGAUGAUGUCACGACUUAAGAUUAGAUGAUCUCUACUGACCUCUUCUCACAGACUUUGUGUAACGAAGUGCUGGACUUUACCUGAAAGCUGCAAAAAUUAAUGGUUCAGAUAUAUUUAUAGCAAACUGAUUUAAACUUUUUCUAUAAGAAGAAAAAUUAAGACCACUUAUUUGAAAAUGAAGAUGAAGUCUCACCUUCCUAUUGCUUUCUCAUUAGUUUUCUUCCAAAGCAAGGUCUUAAAGCUGUGAUCAACAUUUUUCUCAUAAUGAAUCCUCUCAGGACGUUGUGUAGCCUGUGGUAAGUAGAAAGGGAGAGGAAGACAUUUUUAACUUUAAGAGCUUUAUUCUCAGUAUAACCCUUCUUAGUUGAAUGUUGUUCUCUUCUUGUUCCAUUAAGUCAAAGUACAAAUCAGCACAGAUAUUCAGUUUCCAAUAUUUUAAAAUGUAAUGUUACUUAUGAAAAGUAUUUUUUCAUAAUCUUGUGUAUGUAUCGUAUAUAUAUAUACCUCAACUUCAGGUUAAUGGUUUUGAUUUAUGUUCUAAAGAAAAGUGAAUAACAAAAAUUAAUAAGAUUCUUAAUUAUAACAAUGAGAUGAGUGCUGGCAUUGGUUUAAGUGCCAAUCUGUACUUUUCCCCUAUGUACUCUGUAUUGUACUAACCCUAACCCAAAAAUCAUUGAGCUGCUCUUUAAAAAAAAAAGAAAAAACGUUUGACAUUGUGGACGUAUUUUUUUUCUUGUUGUUGAUCAAAUUGCAUACAUGGAAACAUGUAAUCCAAGGAGUACUAUAUCUAUCAAAUUCUUGGCUUAGUAUUACCAAUGGGAACAGUUGCACAUUGAGCAGUUCCCUUUAUUAGACCUUAUGCCAUCUAAAUUACUGAGUAAAUUAUUAAUCCAUUAAUCAGUCGUUCGUUGUGAUUAAAAUUACCAAUGACUUUAUUUCAGUGUUAAUUGAGAACUGUUGUGUGAAAUCUCUAUCCAGAGAAGUGUUGCCUUAUAAAUACAAUUAAAUAAUUUACCUAGAUUCUUCUAAAUUAUAUGUCAGGCAUUUAAAGUGAACUUGAAAUGAGAAGUUAAACAUAUUUCCAAACAACAGAAUAAUUUAUUACUUUGAAAAAUGUUCAUUUCUUAACUCUUGAAGUAGUUUGAGAUUUUUCAUUUCUGUUUUCUUUUAUCGCAUACCAUGUGAAUGUAUUGUUUGAUAAUUAUAAAAUACAAAUUUUUUUAACGCUUUUAAGAAUUUGGUUUAAAAGUUGAUCAGCAAAAUGCAUUAUUUUUCUGAAGAAUUAACUUGACCCAAAAGACCUUCUAUGUUCAUGUAAGUUUUUUUUUCCCCAAUAUCUGAAACUCAAAGGUAUUUCUGUUGUGACUGUAAACAAACUUACCUAACUAAAUGUAUUAAAACAUAUUCUUGGGUAUAUAUAGGGUACUCAUUCCUAGAAAACCUGAAUGCUAGCCCAAACUGGCAUGUUUUAGAAUAUUCAAGAAAAAAAUAAUUACUUUUAUUGUAAUACCAGCCGUUUAGAUUUCAUGAAGAUUUUAAUGAGGAAUCGUAAUAUAUACUAUAAGCAUUGACAAAACUUUAAAAGUUCCUUUCUACCAAAUUAAAGUACUUAAUAUCUAAGGCUAAGUCGAGCAUGGAAGAUCAGUGUUUAAACAUUGGGUGUUUAUGUUAUAGUAUAAUGUUCAAAAUGCAAGCAUAACUUUUUUUUUUUGGUCAACUUCUAUAAAAGUAAAUCCUAAAUUACUAGGCUUUACUUGUUCAUAUAUUCUCAUACUUUUUUCAAAUCACUAUAAGGAAUUAUUAUAUAUUAAAAACUACCUUAAAAACCCAAAUGUAUGUUGUAGGUAUUGCAGUUUCAUUAAAGAAAAAUAGUCUGUACGGUAGCCAAGCAAAUCCACAUCUUUUAUCCUUUCUGUUUUUUUAGUUUGAAUAAUCUCAGUUCAGUCUAUUGGAUUGCUGCUACAUCAGUUCAACAAUACACCAGCACAUUCCCUUGUCAUCAGUGUGGUGGCUAAAAUUAAUUCUAAUUGGAAGUUUAAAGUGUAUACUACAUUGUUGCAGUUGGUUGUAGUGUAGUAGAUUAUCGACAUAGCAUCAUGAGAAGGCAUGAAAUCUUAUACCACAUUUGCAAAGCAUGAUUUUUUUUUUUUUUUGGUUAUAUUCCAUUGUGUUACUUAUAUACUUAUGCAUACAACCAAAAUUACAAUCAGGAAAAUUAUUUAAGUUUGUGUAUGAAAAUGCAUCAAAAUCAUUUUAACAGUGUUACUUCCAAAUAAGAUGGAGAGCCUCAUGAAUAGUCAUAUUGGCAAUUUAUAUGUAGCUUAAGUGGACUUAAGCAAAGGGCAAUACUUUUGGUUUUUUAAUAUGCUACUUUUGGAUGUAAACAAAACAUCUUAUUUGGGGUCAGGCUCAACUUUGAAAAGAACCAAGUUUCAUAUCUCUGUACAUGCGGCUGGAUUUAAAUAUCUGGUGUUUGAUACUAAUUUUGAAAAUUGUAUAACUUCUCUUGAUAUCUUGGUGAAAGUAACCAUAUGCUAUCUAAGCAUUUAAAUAUGUUGAAUUUUGUCAUAAUAGCAUUUAUAAAAUAUGUCUUACACAGCAUGUUGAGGAUUCUUGUUUGAAAUUUUCAGUUCUUUCUAUUUUCUUUGGCUCUCACGAUGGGCAAAGAAUACAGUGAAGGCAGGGAGUUUGAGUGAGAGGGGAAAGUCGGUAGGGAAUUAUGAUAUUUUGCCUUAAGAAUAAAAAAGUGCUUUAAGCACUACUGAUUGGCAUUUUUAAUGCAGGUAGUUAAAGUGGUUUUUAGAAGUGUGGCAUGAAGCAGAAGAGUUUCUGUUUUCUGGCUUUAAGAAGUGCCUAGUAGGUGGUUACAGUGAGAUCAUAGAGAAGGACAGGGCACCUGAGGAGAGUCAGGUAGUCCCAGAAAUGUUCUUUUUUGGCUGAGUGUAUAGUAUUAAGAUGCCUAGAAAUGGGAUUCUAUUAUACCCUCUCUUAUAGGCACUUUACAUUUAUUGCUGUGACUACAGCAACCACAUGAGUACAGGCAACCUCAAAAUCUGUUUAUAUUAGUGUAAAUAGAAAACUGUAGACAAUUUUCUAGUUUUCUCUGCAGGCAUUUUUGGGAAUAUAUCUGUAGUGUGUUCUACUUUGUAUACAGGGGAUAACAGCACAUCCCAGAUUAUCUGUGGACUUUGGGGUCAUCGUCUCUCAAUUGCCCAGUUGUAUCUUGGCAUCAGUCCAUCUUUCAGGGUUGGGUAGAGACAGAAUUUCUUUGCAUGACUUGACUUUCAUCCCUCCCACUGUCUAAAUAUAAUCCGGAACUUCUUGCCUCAGGAUCAGCUUUCCCAUAGCUCAGCCAUCCCUUGCUCUCCUGUAUCUUUAUUCACCAACCGUGAAGAUAUGUUAUCUCUGUCCUGGAGGUAUUCUAAACUGUGCCUGUAUCUACUGUUCCCCAAACCACUGGUUUUUAAGUAGGUUUGCUAGUUCUUUGCUGUCUUCCCACCACGGACUUGAUUCAUUGAUUUGUACUUUGCUCAUUAGAGAGUAUGGUCAGAGUUGUUGACUACAUCAAGACUGGCUUGCUGUGUAUGCAGCAUACAGAUACCAUAGAGUUCUUUAAAUUCUACUGUAUUUACCAUAUUAAUGCCUCUUAAUUUUAGCUUUUCAUGCUGAAAAGCAGAUUCAGAAAGAUAAGAAAACAAUCUAAACUCUGCCAGCUCCUUCAGCUAAAAAGUUAAGAUAUGGAAAGAAUUACAUUAUAUGAGUAUUAUCUUCCCGUUUCCAAGUUUCCAAAAAUUGGUUACACUUUGGAGGGUACCAGUACAAAUAAUCUCAGUUGAAGAAAGGUGUCAAACCAAAUUUAUAUAUAGUACCUAACCUGAAGUCAUAUUUACCUCCUUAAAACCAUAGACCACAUUCCAUUUUUUUUCCUUGUGUUUACUUAAAGAAAAAAGAUAAACAUUAGUUUUCUAAAGGAAUUAGUAAUGAAAAGUGUAUCUUUACAAAAUAAACCUGUUGAAAUGGGCUUUGAAAGAUAAUAAAAACAAAAAAACUGUCUUGUGCGGACUCUGUAGAUGCAGACAUAAUAUAGAAAAUACUUAAGUUCCACUUACACAAAAAUAAAGCUUCGAUGUCAUGCUCCCUCAAAGAAUGUAUGAUAACUUUAAGAUCAUAAUGGUGGAGCGCAGCCAAGACGGGCGAUUUAAAAACUUUGGAUGCUAAAAAGUAACUACUUCUAUUAAAUCCUAAAAUGGUGUGUGGAAUUGUAAAGAAGUUGUACCAGGAUGCAAUUGGGUUAAUUAUGCAAUAUUUCUUAUCUAGCCCUGUAUACUCUAAAAACUAAAGCUUCAGUCUUUAUGCCCUUGCCUGCUGGAUAGUUCUUUGGUAGAAAAAUCCCAUGGUCUGUACUCAAGAAGUGCCUAAAAUUGAUUGAUGUUGAUUUGUAAGUCCUCUAAUAAAUUAUAUGUGUAUUCUAUGGUAUUAUAUGUGCUUGUCUUACUGAUGACACAGCCCUGUGAGUUUCUAACUCUCAGUUUGUGCUUUUUUUGAGUAAAAGGCCUUGAAAUUGAAAAUACCUAUCAUAACCCUGAACAAACCAGUUUAAGGAAACACGAGUGAAACCAUUUUCUCUUUUUCCUAACGCAAAUAUUCUCUGACCCUGAUGUUAGUCAAUGCAGGGAUGAGGAAGCUGAACUCUGUUUCUGUUUUAAAAAAUAGUUUUAACAAAUAGUUUUAACACGCUGAAAAUUAUAUCGUAUGUUGUAAAAUCUUAGUAAAACUUUGUUGCUUGUGUAAGUAUAGCCUCUAAAUUCUCGUACUUAGUGGUUAGGAAUUUUGAGUCAAACUUGUCAUUUAGAUUUUGAGACAUCUUGUGUGUGCAUGCCAAAAUCCUUCCUCUUUGUUUAGAAUCCACUUAGAAACCAAAAUAUUUCAUACAACCUUUUAUGUUUUUUAUAUAUUGUUUCUGUUUCUUUUUUCUUUCUUUUCUUUUUUUUUUUUAACCACAGAGCGUGACUGUAAACUCUUAAGGGCAAAGGCUUGGCUGUAUUUUCAGUGACUUACAAUUACAUUAUGUUCAUAUUUUAAAUCAGCCUGCAUGGAAAAAUGCAAUGUGUAUGUGAUUUUAAAUUAUUGUAACAUAUACUCUUCCCCAAAACUUCUCACAUUGAUGAUAUGCAGAAUUCCUCUGGUUAUUUUUGCUUGAAACUAUUUCUUUAGGUUAAAAUAGCCUUUUCUUACAUUAGCCCCUGUAUGGUUCCUUGAGAUGAGGUAAUACCUGCAAAGUACUUCUAAAGAUAUUUUCUGGGUUAAUGUUCAAGAUAACACACUGAAGAAGAAGCUGCAAUUAUGUCUAGUGAGGGCUUCUUUUGGUUGUUAGAGAUGAAAAAAUGUAUACUAAUUUGAUUUGUACUUAAAAUAUAUUUUACUCAUUAUAUUGAUUUUAAAUAUGACAAAUUCGUGUAGGUAUUAAUCUUCCUUGCUUAUUGUAUUUUCCUAGUGAAAUCUAGAUGAAAAUGUAUUCUAACUAGCUUUUGUGUAACUUCUCCAGAGAUGAGCUCUAUGUAUAUUGACAUAAUUAAAACAACAUUUAAUACAACAAAGUAGGAACCCUUUUGAAAAUUUUUAGAUUUGUUGUAUUGGAAUUUCUAAUAUGAUAAAAGGUUUUGAUUCAAGCUUUGUAAGCAAGAUGAGGCAGAAAAUUUAUCUUAGCUCUUUAUCAUUUUAUGAACUUGUAUUUCUCUGUAUGCUGGGAAGGUUUUACACUCAAGGAAUAUUGCUAAAGUGACGACCUAAGAAUACUUGGGUACUUCCAUACUUCAUCAGUGCUGAUAUGUUAGAUACCUAGGGAUAUAAUGCUUCAGGGCCUUCUUGAUAAGACAACUUCAUGGGUGAUAGGGGGACAUUUGUGUUUGUUCUCAGGGUGGGAGGGAGUGGCAGAUUGGAGUAGGGACCUCUCCGUUGGUACAGCAGUACAAUCAGUUCUUUGCAAAUGCGUUACUUCAUUAUGCUUGUAACAACGUUCUUGUGUCCAUCCAUAACUUACUGAAAUGUUAAGCUACAGAAAUGUAAGGCGUUGGGUCAGUUGGCCAGUAGUUUAUAAUGAAAUAAAGGAAUAAUGUCAAGAUAUGUUUGGGUAGGGGGGUAGAUGACAAGUAAGAUUAUACUGGUGAAUUUCUUUGUGUAAUAUGUACAUUAACUUUUUUUUAAGUUGCAUGUUAACCUGGGAUAAAGUGUUGUCUCUACUUUAUGCUUUACUGAGUAAAAAGAAAAAAAUGAGUUAAAUUGUUACCCUGUUAUGUACUAUUACAUAUACCUUUUCUUUUAGAAAGGGCUAAUUAUAAUUAUUAUUCACACGUCUAUGUUGUCAGUGUUUUUAUUCUGGCUUAUUCUUUGAGUGUGUGCAGACUUGGUGACGUUAGUUCUAUUGUAUUAACUGUUCAGGGCUGGGAACUGCCAGGCACUUGCAAAGGUAUGACAGUUGCAUUAUGCGAAUGCAAAAAAGGAUCGUUCUCAUCUUCUCUAGGAACAGUUUAUGUAACUUAGUCAAUUAAUAGAAGAGUAUUCUUUUACAUAGGGAAAUUUGAAUUAGACGUGAAUUUGAUAUAUAGGGACCAGUUUGUGUGAUUAAUUUAUUUGUCUUAAAAAGUGAGGAAAGUUGAGUCAUUUAAAGUGAAUAUUAUUAAAAUGAACAUUCCUAAGAAUGGUUGAUAGUAAACAAAAGAAAA